CGCAACCUGUCGAGUUCAAAUAAAUCAUUACCGUAUCAGUUGUAAACAUCAAGCGUAUUAUAAAAAGAAGCGUCCGAUGGAGGCUCAUCAUCAGUUACAACUAAACACUCAACGAGCUUAGACAAGUUCAGACAACCAAACAUGUUGUCCACAGCUAUACUCGCUAUUACCAUCGUGGUAUUAAUUCUAACGUACCUUAGAGGCAAAUACAACGAGUACUACUGGAAGAAAAGAGGAACAGCUUUCUACAAAAGAAAUAAAACCUUCGGUCCUUUAUGGGAGUACAUGAUCGGAGAAAGACCAUUAUUCCAAGUGUUCAACGAACUGUAUUGGAGAUAUGAAAAGGAACCUGCUGUUGGCCUGGGCUCGUUCGACUCCCAUGGCCUCUACGUCAAAGAUCCAACCAAUAUUCAGUUCAUCGCACAAACUGACUUCCAGAAUUUUAACCACAGAGGAGUGACAGUUUUAGAAGAAGAUUACCUGGCUAACAAUGUUCUGUUUUUACACGGCCAAAAAUGGAAACUUAUCAGACAGAAAUUGACACCAAUUUUCACUACAGCGAAACUGAAAAACAUGUUCUACAUAAUUGAUAAAAGUGCUCAAGAUUUAAUAGAACAUUUGAAGCAACACCCGGAAAAAUUGUCGGGUAACACAUAUGAAAAUUUAAGUCAUUUCAGCACCGCUGCUCUCGCCGCUGCUGUAUUUGGAAUCACUACAAAAUCGACGUUUGAUUCUCCUUUCCGUGUAAUGGCAAAACAAGCAUUAACUCCUACAUUGUAUUCAAAUAUCAGAUUCGCAAUAAAUAGCGUGAGUGAUAAAGUAUCCCAAGCAUUGAGGCUAAAAUUCUUUAAAGAUCAAGAGAGUUUCUUCAUUCCAGCAAUUAAAAAGGUAAUUAAACAACGUAAGUUAGAUAAUACUAAACGACACGACUUCAUAGAUUUGUGCGUUGAACUACAAAACAAUGGUCCAAUGAUAGACCAAGAAACUGGAUACUCAAUGGAGCCUACAGACGAGUUGAUGGCUGCACAAGCGUUCUUUUUCUUCUUGGCUGGCGUUGAUCCCACAACUGCCGGAACUUUUGGAGCUUUGUUUGAAUUGGGCAGACAUCCAGAGAUACAAAAGAGAGUCCAAGAUGAGAUAGAUGCCAUCUUCGAAAAAUACGAAGGAAAGUUGACGUAUGAUGCAAUCAUGGAAAUGAAGUUCACCGACUGUGUGCUUAAUGAAGGUCUUCGGUUGCAUCCCCCAAUUGGGUACAAUACGCGACAGUGCGUGAAGGAUUCUGUGCUGCCGGUUGGAAAUGUGCCUGUUGAAGAAGGUGUGAAGAUCUUUACACCUAUCUAUGAGCUGCAUCACGAUCCUAAAUACUUCCCUGAGCCUGAUAGGUUCGACCCUGAUCGUUUUGCUAGAGGUGAGGUGAAUGAUAUGACGUACAUGCCGUUUGGUAUGGGGAAAAGGUUGUGUAUUGGUGCACGAUACGCUCGCAUGCAGAUCCUGACGAUGUUCGCUCAUCUCUUAAGAAACUAUUCGCUGGUCACACAUAUUCAAAAAGGUGGUGCACAAUUCAAAAAGGAACAAUUCCAAGUGAGACUCAAGAACUGUGACAUCGAAUUGAUACCUAGACAACAUUAAUUGUUUCAUUAUCGAAUUUUCCUCGAACUUUUGUACAACGGACUAAAAAUACUUUUGGUAUGUUAUAAAUAGUGAGUGAUUUAAACAAAUUACUUAAGGUAAAAUUUACACAAAUUUUUCUUUUUUUUUUACUUACAG